GUCAGUAUUAAAUCAACGUUUCCCUUUGUGAAUCGUUAUCUCACUAGGAAAAACUUAUUAAAACAAUAAAGAUAUAUUUAAUAUAUAUUUAAGCAAAGAGUAAAUGAGAUACGCUACUAAAUACACAAAUAUAUUUGAGGUGGGGAAAAAGUAAUUGAAGACAUGCAAUGACGAGAUACGAAUUGAUGUCUGAAGAAUAAGAAGCCAAACGAAAGUGGAUGUCGCAGAAUUUUUGGAAUUGGAAAGAAAGGUUUGGAAAUCCUAAUCUAAGGACGAGAGAGAAACCCGUUUUGCAGUUUGGUCGACGCACUGGUUCACUGCUGAGAAACGGUGCAGAAUUUUUGGAAUUGGAAAGAAAGGUUUGGAAAUCCUAAUCUAAGGACGAGAGAGAAACCCGUUUUGCAGUUUGGUCGACGCACUGGUUCACUGCUGAGAAACGGGGACAAACAACGAUUCACAGAUGACAUUGGCACAAAACAUCUUUUGUACAUUGGAUACAUCUGGAAUAUCUAUCAUGUCUUAAAGACUAAAGGAAAAUGUCUUAACGAACGAAUAUAAUAACCCAACUGCUAUAAAUCCAGGAUUGAAUUACUGUGAAAUAUUUGCUCUGAGCAACAAUUCAUAGCAACAUUUCUCCAUCUCCUUACCUGUUGCUUUUGCAUUCUAAUUAAACUUGAAUAUAUUUCUAAAGGGGUUUGCAGCAUCUUUAGAUAUUGAUAAUGAUCACAGUUGAUAGCAGUAGAAAUAUUUCUGAGGAAUAAAUUAUUACAAAAGAACAAGAAAAAGGAAAUUAUAUGAUUUGGUCAGAGAAGAAAGAUAAAGGAAAAAUUUAAUACUGUGAGAAACUUCAAUGGUUGGAUUGCUAUGAAAUAUCUGCUCUCACCUGAGAUUCAUAGCAACAUUUCUCCAUCUCAUUACCUGGUGCUUUGGCAUUCUAAUUAAACAUAUUUUUAAAGGUGUUUGCAGCAUCUUUAGGUAUCAGUGAAGAUCACAGUUGACAGCAGUGGAUUGGGUUUUUGUGUUCUUUGAAGAGAUGUCGAAAAAGUUAUGCAAGACAUCAUAUCACUGUGAAAUUUGUGGUAAAUUAUUCUCAAGAGAUAUUGACUUAACUAGACACAUACGUAUUCAUACAGGAGAGAGACCGUUUCACUGUGAGGUCUGUGGUAAAUCUUUCUCUCGAAGCAGUGUAUUGACUAUACACAAACGUAUUCAUACAGGAGAGAAACCAUAUCAUUGCGAUAUCUGUGAUAAAGCAUUCUCUGAAAAUGCUAACUUAAGUAGACACAAGCGCAUUCAUUCAGGAGAGAAACCAUAUCAGUGUGAUAUCUGUGGUAAAUCUUUCUGUCGAAGCAGUGACUUAACUUCACACAAACCUAUUCAUACCGGAGAGAAAUCAUUUCACUGUGAUAUCUGUGGUAAAUCAUUCUCUCAAAACAGUGUUUUAAUUAACCACAAACGUAUUCAUACAGGGAAGAAGCCAUAUCACUGUGUUAUCUGUAGUAAAUUAUUCUCUGGAAAUAGUGACUUAACUAAACACAUACGUAUGCAUACAGGAGAGAAACCAUUUCACUGUGAUAUCUGUGGUAAAUCAUUCUCUCAAAGUCCUAACUUAACUAAACACAAACGUAUUCAUACAGGAGAGAAACCAUUUCACUGUGCUAUCUGUGGUAAAUCAUUUGCUCAAAAAUGUAACUUAACUACACAUAUAUCUAUCCAUACAAAAGUUUGACUGUCACUGCUAAAGUUCAGUAUGCAUUCAAUGCCAGCCCCUCUCGCCCCUGUGCCGGUGGCAUGUAAAAAGCACCUACUACACUCUCAGAGUGGUUGGUGUUUAGGAGGGGCAUCAUGCUGUAGAGACACUGCUAGAUCAGAUUAGGGCCUGGAGCAGCCUCCUGGCUCCUCAGACCCCAGUCGAACUGUCCAACCCAUGCCAGCAUGGAAAACAGAUGUUAAACAAUGAUGAUGAUGAUGAUGAUGACAGCAUCAAAAUUUUAUAACAGCAUUUCCCUUCUAAACUAUGUAUUAGCUUUUGUGGAUUUAACUAUAAUCACACAGCGAUAAUCAUACUCAUGAUCAAGAGAGAGAGAGAGGUGGGGAGACAGAGAGAAAGGAGAGGAUAAGUGAAAACAAAAACAAUACACAAAGCAAGUGUGUGCAAUAAACAUUGAGGAUUGUCAAAUUUGAAGACCAACAAUACACAACAAACUAGGCUGAUUGUUAUGUGUGUGUGUGUGUGUGCAUGUAUGUAUGUAUUAAUGUAUACUCUUUUACUCUUUUACUUGUUUCAGUCAUUUGACUGCGGCCAUGCU